GCGGAAGUGUCGUCGCUUAAUCUGUAGACCAGUGAAGCAGCAGUUGUCAUUCACCAGAACAUUUCAUAAAAGCUUCAGUUUGACGCAGAACACUCUGGAUCGUUGUGUGUGUUAUUUAAAGAGCCUGGGGUUACAAGCAGAUUGAGGAUAUGAAUCAGACUUGCUGUCACUGAAGUUGAAGGUUCCAAUUCAGUGGCCUGGAGAUUUGCCGGUCUGAGAUGACAGACACGUCAGGGCGUGCUUUUGAGGCGGAGCCUUUGAAGGGUGAAGAGGCAGUUGGGGGUGUGUCUAAGGAGAAAAGCUGCGCUGGAAAGCUGGGAUUACUGCACCUGUCAGGCUGGCGAACAGCUGCGUUCCUGCUCUCUCUCUUCCUGUGCAUGGCUGUUGUCUUCGCCUUUUCAUUCAUCCUGCCCUGCCCCGUACGGCCGCAUUACCUGUCCAAAUGGAGCUUCGAGGUACCUGAUGCAGCCGUGUAUGAUUUCCUGGAUUUUGAAGAUGCCAAUAAAGACAAAGUUUUGGAUGUGAUCUUCAUAUAUAAGGGUGCUGAAGCCAGCCGCAACACGUGCAUGAGUGAAGAUUUAUCACCUCCGUGUCUUGUUUUAUUGGCUGUUGACGGAACUGAUGGGAAUACGCUUUGGAAACGACCUUUAGCGGCUGAAUUUGAUUGGGUGGAGUGUGGGGUGAAGGGGAUCGGGUAUAAAGGAACGGGAUGUUUGGUGGCUCACGCGGACAAUCUCACAGCCAUCGACAUACAGACAGGUGGGAUCGUGUGGCAGCAGUCACGCUCUUCUGUGAUGAACGGAAAUCUUCCACUGAUCAGCGUUCCGGAUCUGGACUCUGAUGGAGCGGAAGACUUUGCUGUGCUUUCCUAUAAUCCUGAAGCACCAUCAUUCACUCCCAUACCGACAGAGCUGGUGUUUUUCUCAGGGAAAUCAGGUGAUCAGAUUGGUUCAAGAGUGGACAUUAAUCUGAAUGGAGUUUUUGAUCACCUGCCGUUCAAAAUGGCCAGUGGAGCUUCAUACCUGCUGUUACUCACAGACUCUGGUCUUUCCGCGGUGAGCUUGCGGUGGUUGGCGGCACGGGCACGGACUGGCCUGGAGUCAGCACUGAAGAAAGAAAACAGCUGGGAGGACAAAGCCGACGGUCUCACCGGAUUGAUCCCCCUCUAUCAGUCUGAUUCUCUGAAGCGUGUGCUGGUUGUUCAUGGAGGCUCUUCUCCAUCACUGCUGGUCCAGACUGACUCCAGCGUGUCACUGCUACACACAGACAAACUUAAGAUCACAUGGACCACCAAUACCAGCACACUGUUCAGUGCGCCAACAUUUGGGCAAUUUGACAAAGAUGGAUUUCCUGACAUAAUGAUAGAGGAAGACCGUGGCAAUGAAACCAAAAGAGUGAUGAUUCUCAGUGGAGGUUCCGGAGAAGUCCUGUGGGAGAUGAACCUGUUGUCCUGGACGCAGAGUCCUAAUCCAGCAUCUGUCCUCACACUAAGCACCUACUCUGUGUUCAUGCUGUGGGGACAGAGUUACGGCAAUGAGACUAUGCAUUCAUCAUUCCUACUGCAUCCACGUUACUCUCAACUGCUGCUUGAACGAAGAAUUCCAGUACAGAACAUCAUCUCCUUUAAAGCAACACUAUUGGAGCGAGGCCGCCAUGCCUGUUACCUCGUGUUGACUGGACCUGACGGCCGGCAGCACGCAGAAUCAGGUGGGACGGAGAUGGUGGUUCUGACAAAACGAAAGAUCAAAGACGACGUAUCAGAAAGUGGAGUUCUGGGUGUAGCAGCAGAUGAGCCCAUCUCUGAAGACACGGAGGCGUCCGUGAAAGAGGCGUUUAACAGGCUGCGCUUCAGUGACUCACUUUUCUGAAACACAAUCACGUAUAGAGUAUAUAUUUACACUAAACAUCAACACAAAAUCAUAGCUGCUUUCUUUUACUUUUGAGUCUACAAUCCAAAACAAGGUUUUGCCUCCAAUAUUACACCUCCUGCCGGAACAUGCAAAUCACAAUCCUUUGAGUCAUGCUGCAUUAUUCUACAUCAAUCAUAAACUACUGUAAAGCAAUUUAAGCUUCUACAAAAGGCAUAAGGCCAUCUUAAAUGUAUGUUUAUAAAAAUGUUCAGGGAAUGAGAAAUUAUGUUUUGCAUAAAGAUAAUUUUUUUGGCAUUGUGACAUUUACAUUUAUGACAAUUAGGCACAUUCCCUCCUACCCAGAAAUCACUAUACUGUAAUGCAAAAACAUUCUCAUAACUGUGCACUACAUUAAUGGAAAUCAAGUCUGGUGCAACAAAAAUAUACGAUGAUGCAUACUUACAGUCGUCCUUAACACAUGUACUUUAUUAUUAAUACAUUAUAUUACAUUAUUUAUUACAGUAAUGAGAGUGAGAUCUUAAUGCAUUACAGUAACGUGAUUUUAAGUAAUGAAAAUAUUGUCACAGUGCCAAAGUAGGCGUCUUUUUCUUAAUGCAAAAUAUUUUUUUAUCAUAGGCUGGAAUGAUGCCUUCAAGAAUGGAGUGCUUAUCACUAAACAUCUGCCUUGUGUUUCACAUGCACACAAAACAUUGAGCUGUAUUUUGCUGCAGAACUGUAAACGUGGGCUUUAAUUAGUUGUGUGUGCGUGUGUGUGUGCUGGACAGAGAAUGAUUGAAUGUUUUGUUUUUGCAGUGCAGUGUAGCUCUUGUAUCACAUGAGUUUGUUUGUGAAUAUGGAGACAUUAAAUUAGUGUUAUUUAGAUAUGGUUUAAUGAGUUUGUUAUACAAAGUGAGUUUGUAAGUGUGCUGCGGUUUAUUGCUGCUGUUGUGAUAAUGACUUUCUGCCUUUUUUCCUUUCAUUCUUUUUCUCUGUGAUGUUUUGAUGUCAGAGAGGACUGUAUGACAGUGAUGUUCAUUUAGUGCCUUAAAAAGAGACUGCAAAUUACCUGGAAAGAAAAUCACUACAGAUGCGUUUAUGACACAUUCAGUCUGUCUGCUGUUUUGCAUCUUAUUUAUGAUUGCUGUGGGUUUAAGUUGGGAUACAAAUAUUUAAUUGAACCAAUGAGCAUAAUGUUACCUUCAGAUUACCACUGUAAAAUCAGAGCUUUAUGUUCAUGUUGUCUAGGCAGGAAGAUCAGCUAUUACACCAAAACCAGAUGCCUUUGAGUCUAAAGAAGGCUAAAUAAACGAUAACACUGUGGAUUUUAUGCAACUGUAGAUGAUGUCAAAACACUUAGAUACCUUUAUGCAUUGUAUUUAUGAAUAGAGUGAGAUUUCCUAUUAUUAUUAUCAUCAUCAUCACUAUUAAUUGAUUGAGAUUUACUGAUUUUGUAAACCUGUAGAUCAGGUCGGAAAUGUACCUUCUGGUACUUUCUUUACUUAUUUGAAAAGUGUAUAUAUAUAUGUAAUUGCAUUGUUACAAUAUAUAAUAAAUAAACUGCAUUAAAUGCAGUUGUUUUU